AUGUCGGAGGUCGGACUGGGCAGAUCGAAUUGGCUGGCGUGGGCUGGCAUUGCCGGCACCGCCUUCCUCGGAUAUGCCAUCUACUUCGACUACAAACGCCGCACCGCGCCCGACUACAAGCAGAAAGUGCGUGAGAAUCGUCGUCGAAAGGCGCUCGGCAAAAAUGGACGCGAUGUUGUGUCGGCGCGGGGCGGCAACUCCAUGGGAAUGCCGGAUCCGCGAAACCCGACCUCGAUGCAAGCCUUCUUCCUGCAAGAGGUUCAACUUGGCGAGGAGCUGAUGUCUGCCGGAAACGUGGCCGAGGGUGCGGUGCAUAUCGCGAACGCCGUCGUGCUGUGCGGCCAACCACAAGAGCUACUGUCGAUUUUCCAACAAACGCUGCCGCCCGACCAGUUUGCCGCCGUCGUCCAAGUGUUGCCGGGCGCUCGAGGACGUCUCGCCGACAUGUUCGACACGGCUGCCGACCAAGUCGAGGCCAGCGGCGGCGCAGGCGACGGGUCGUUUAUGAUAUCAGCGCUCGAGCCGAAUGGAUCGUCGGGAUCUGGGGCUGCCCAGCUGAUCGAGGAGGAGCUGGAG